UGAGCAGCACUGUGCAGUAUGAUGCAUGUCACUUGCACUAGUCGAUCGUGAGAAAGGGACGGAACAAGUGUCGUGGGAAUAUGGCGGCGCAUUAGAACAUGCCACAGUGAUGCAGUUAACGCGCAACAAGAUCGUUCAUAUCAAGUGACCAAAGAAACCGUGGCCUCGCACGCUAAAACAUCCGUCUGGCCAAAUGACAUGGGAAUUUGUAAUCGAAGGCAUUUCCUAUUGACAAUAUGCAUCUUACAACUCAUCACUACAGUAGAACGUCAGGUCUUCGACUUUCUGGGCUUUAUGUGGGCCCCGAUACUGGUCAAUUUCUUUAACAUUAUAUUUGUAAUCUUAGGAUUUUUUGGGGCUUUUCAGUAUAGACCAAAAUAUAUUAUAUCUUACUGUAUAUGGAAUACACUAUGGUUAGGAUGGAAUAUAUUUAUGAUAUGUUUCUAUCUUAAUGUAGGUGUAUUGGAUAAAAAUAGUGAUAUUUUAAAUCUUGGUACUGGUAGUUUUUCUUGGUGGCAUGUCAAUGGACCAGGUUGCAAAGCUAUUUAUGAUGUUACUGAACCAGAAUUAUUUCGACCUGCCCGACCUACAAAUGUAACAGAUUGUGUACUAGAUUAUGAAAUAGUUGAAAUUUUACACGCAUCUACUCAAUGCAUCUUAGGUUUUAUUGCAAUAGUUGGUGGUAUUUAUCUAAGUAAAGUUUUUUUGGAGGAAGAUGAUAGCUUUGAUUUCAUUGGUGGAUUUGAUCCUCCACUUUG